UUUUGCAUGCUUUCUCUCUAGGCACAUGGGGAAAAGCUCAUGGAAUCACAGAACAUCACAUGGGUGUCAGAGUUUAUCCUCCUAGGGUUCUCACAGACCCAGAAACUCCAGAAAUUCCUGUUCCUGGUAUUCCUGCUUGUCUAUGUCACCACUGUGGUUGGAAACCUCCUUAUCAUGGUUACAGUGACUUUUGACCCCAGGCUCCACAUGCCUAUGUACUUUCUGCUCCGAAACCUGGCAGUCAUAGACCUCUGCUAUUCCACAGUCACCUGCCCAAAGAUGCUAGUGGACUUCUUUCAUGAGACCAAGAUCAUCUCCUACCAGGGCUGCAUGGUCCAGAUCUUCUUCUUCCACCUCCUGGGAGGUGGGACUGUCUUCUUUCUCUCAGUGAUGGCCUAUGACCGCUACAUAGCCAUCUCCCAGCCCCUCCACUAUGUCACCAUCAUGAACACUAGACUGUGUGUGGGGCUGAUCAUGGCUGCCUGGAUAGGGGGCUUUGCCCACUCCAUUGUUCAGCUGGCUCUGAUGCUCCCACUGCCUUAUUGUGGCCCCAAUGUCCUGGAUAACUUCUACUGUGAUGUCCCCCAAGUGCUGAGACUGGCCUGCACUGACACCUCCCUCUUAGAGCUCCUCAUGAUCUCCAACAGUGGGAUGCUGGUUCUCAUCUGGUUCAUCCUCCUACUCAUCUCUUACACUGUUAUCCUGGUGAUGCUGAGGUCCCACUCAGGGCAGGCGAGGAGGAAGGCAGCCUCCACCUGCACCACCCACAUCAUCGUGGUGUCUAUGAUUUUUGUUCCCUGUAUCUAUAUCUACUCCCGGCCCUACACUCCCUUCCCCUUGGACAAAGCUGUGUCCAUCAGCUACACAGUCAUGACCCCCAUGCUGAACCCCAUGAUCUACACCCUGAGGAAUCAGGAGAUGCAGGCAGCCAUGAAAAGAUUAGCCAACCACCUAAUUAGUUGCAGCAGGGAGUGAACUUCAAACAGGCUGACUUUUAAAUGACAGAUCUUCUCUCUGAACUUGUUCGUAUGCUAAGUGAAAA